AUGGGGAACUCGAGUAGUUCACAAAAGAUCUCUGCCCAGGAUCGGGCAAUACUCGACCUUAAAAACCAACGCGACAGACUCCACCAAUACCAACGAAAGAUAACCGUCCUAACAGACCGUGAAACAGCAAUCGCGAAAGAAUGCCUAGCACGCGAUGACCGGCGGCGUGCGCUACUCGCAUUGCGGCGCAAGAAAUACCAAGAAUCCCUCCUAGCCAAAACAGACGGACAGCUCGCGCAGUUGGAGCAGUUAACGGGCGAUGUGGAGUUCGCGCUUGUGCAGAAGGAUGUGAUGUAUGGAUUGCAGCAGGGGACGGCGGUGCUGCAGACGAUUCAUAAGGAGAUGGGUGGGAUUGAGGGGGUUGAGAGGUUAAUGGGGGAGACGGAGGAUGCGAGGGCUUAUCAGGAGGAGGUGAGUCAGAUGCUGGCGGGUCAUUUGACGAAUCAGGAUGAGGACGAGGUUGAGGAUGAAUUGGAAGCUUUGCAGCGGGAGCUUGCUGGACCUGUUGUCUUGCCUAGUCCGCCUACUGCUGUGCCUGUUCCUGUUGAAGCGGAACCCGAGCGCGAGUCUAGUCGUGAGAGGAGCAAGGCUAAGGCUGAGAUGAGGACGGCGUUGCCUGCUUGA